GCAGUAGCCGAGCGGGUACGCCGCCGCGCCCCAUCACCGCGUACGCCCAGCUCAUGCUCCGGUGCUGCGCACUGGCAGACUCCCAGCUUUUCUCGACCUUCAUGACCCUCUGCUAGACUGGCCUUGACGCGUCCUUCAUGUCCUACUUCUCGCGCUACAGGGACUACACCCCGCUCUGGUCCGACACGUCCAAACCGACCCCGCGCCGAUAUGUCUUCAUAGCGCUCGCCCUCCUCGCAGCCUCCGCGGCGCUCAACAUCGUAUUGUACAACAAGCUGUCACACAGGUGGCAGGUGCCAUUAGAUAAUUAUCAAGAGAUAAAUGUACAACCUAUCGUAGAUCCAAAACUCGCCGACUCUAUGAGUCAUCCUAAUCCACAAGAGAACGCCAUCGUCACGAGCCUCUACACCGACUCCUACGCGACCGCGAUCGCUACGCUCGGCCACUCCUUGAACAGAGUGAACACCACCGCGAGCCGACUACUAUUCUACCUGCCCGAGAAGAUCUCUCCGCGUGCGCUAUGCAUAGCGACGUCGACGGGCUUCGUGCCACAUCCGAUAUCGCGCAUCCCACCACCGCGCGGCGGGAAGGGCGUCUUCUGGAAGUUCAUGGACCAGUACUCCAAGCUGAACAUCUGGACGCUCUCGGACUCGGGCAUCAAGGCCGCCGUCUACUUGGACGCGGACACGCUCGUGCUCCGCAACUUCGACGAGCUCUUCAGCCUCCCGUACAACUUUGCCGCGGUGCCGGACGUCUACGUCGACGGGCAGGGCUGGUCGCUCAGCUUCAACGCGGGCGUGCUCUACCUCCGUCCAUCGCGCGCGGUGUUCGAGGACAUGCUCUCGAAGAUCGCGACGGCGUCGUACAACAUGCACGAGGCGGAGCAGUCCUUCCUCAAUCACUACUACGGCGCCGAGGCUCUGCGGCUGCCGUACGCGUACAACGCGAACCUCGCGAUCAAGAGCCGGAAGCCGGAAGUGUGGGCGGACGUGAAGCGCGAGGCACGGAUCGUGCACUAUACGCUCGUGAAGCCGUUCCUGGAAGAGGAGGACAACUCGGGCAAGAAGGUCGUCGAGAUGCGGCGGAUGGAGUCGAACGUGCAGAGCAAGAUGGGCCAGUAUGGCGGGCUGUUCCAGGAGGAGAUGCAGGACUGGGUGGAGGUGUGGCGGGACACUCGACGGACGUUUGCGGACGCGCUUCUCGAGUGUGGUAGUCAUAGUGCAACGCCGCCGAGCCCUGACUCGUCAUGAUUGCGCCGUAUCUGCUGUGUCAGUCUCGUUCGUUUGUCUUAGCAUAUGCUUACUUUGUUGACAUGAUUUUGCAAUGUGUUGUUUUCUCCAGGGCUUGAUGUAUAUGUAGUAGGGCAACUAACUUAUCAUGUUCUGCACUCAGACUUCGCUUCAUC